CUGGACAACGCAGCUCCGAUAUUACAGGAGAGAGAUGAAGUGUUAGCUAUGACAACAGAGAUGACUCCAAUGAAAGCUAUGGGCUGUGGCGGCUCUAGCAACAACAAGAGCCAGAGAGUAUCGGGGCACAGUUUGGACACGUUGGAUACCUUCCUGAGGCUCGACAGGGACAUCUGGAGGGAGGAGAGGUCAGCUCCUGCGCCCUCACUGGGCCAUUACAUUGCAAGACUGGAGAGACUGAAUACUGAAAUAGAAGUUGCAUCUACGAUUCCAAACAUCGACAUUCCUGGAGCAGUAGAAACUUUUAUGCCAUUACCAGCAAGGAAUUCUGACUCAUCAGAAGAAGCGAUCCAAAAAGCAGUUGUGGAACUUCAAAUCAAUCAAAAUCCUAAACAUGCCACGGAACAUGAGGAGUUUAUUGCUAACCUGACCAGGCAGGCUUUAAGGCUUUCUCGAUUGAAUUGGUUGAAGAAACGCAAGCAGGACACUGAAGAGGAAAUAAAUCGAUUGAGCGAGAAGGUGCAAUACCUCCAAGGACUCUACGAGCAACUAGACUCCUUAUUUGGUAACCUGGGAGGAGGAGUGCUGUCAGAUCUAGAGUUGCAGUUAGACAGGGUGCGGAGUUAUCGGGACACCCUGUAUAGUGGCGAACUGUCAUGGAGAGAAGCGGCCAGACUCACUCAGGUGGCGGCUACUCUAGCCAUGGCUGGCCGAGACAGCUGGCUCUCGUUGGACAAUACUACUAAUGUAGUGACGAGGUUUCGAGUUGCCACAGAUUGUAGAAACGCCAUUCAGGAGGCAGUGUUAUGUAUACAGACGGCACAGACCACUCUGCCGGGAGUAUUAUUUCCCUACUGCACUAUGAGAGAGAUUGCAGCUCUUUUACAGAUGAUUGUCUACAUCUAUACAGACUUGCAGAUUCCUGAGAGAUUUAGCCAUGCGUUGGAUGUUUAUUCAAGCUUUCAAAAGCGAUCUUCAUUGCUGUCUAACUGGAUUAGACAGAUGAUGGAUGAUACAAUACACAAAGAUGUUGAAGACGUAGACCAAAGAAUCUUGGAAUUAUCUGCAAGACUAUCCAAUGAACGAGCCAACCUAGUACGAACUAAGAUAGGGCUCCGAUCCAAGAGGCUCGAUGGAUUUCCAUACAUGAAUGAUGGAAGACUGGCGGCUUCAUCAUCGAACCACAUGACCCCAAGAAAACAUGGCGGGAGCUCCAUUCAAGACACGGACUAUAACGCUUUGCUGUGGAAAUAA